GCUGGGGAGCCAGUCCCCUCCUACAAUUGUGCAGGAAGAUGGUGCAAGCGCUGACAGAUCAAACGUCAAUGGUGCACGGACGGAACUCAUAUGGAUAAAACUCGGAGUUGGGGUGGUGGCCAGAAAAGCACAUAACAUGUGAUGUCGCUCAGCCUGAUCUAGAAGCAUGGGGCUGAGGCUAGUUGACAAGCAAGGGCAGCAGAGCCAGAAGAUGGUGAUCUUCGGAGCCAUCUUCCUCCUUAUGACCCUCCUCAUCCUCUAUAGCUCCAACAGUGCCAACGACAUCAGCCCCUUAUACAGUCCCUUCAGGGCGUCCACGCCUCAUCACGCCAUCAAAGUCACCGACCUCAAGAAAUGGGCAGGGAAGGAGGGCUAUGUUGCUGUCUAUGGAAACAAGAAUAUGACCCUGCACUGCCACCACUGUGCUCUGGUGACCAGCUCCAGCCAUGUACUGGGCAGCGGGGCCGGACCGGAAAUCGACCACACCCAGUGCGUGAUCCGCAUGAACGACGCCCCCACCACAGGGUACGAGCGUGACGUGGGCAACCGGACCACUCUCAGAGUGGUGGCCCACUCCAGCGUGUUCAGGGUGGUCAGGCGGCCCACCGAGUUUCUCAACCACACGGAUCAUAAAGCAAACUCUGCGGUCAUAUUCUGGGGACCGCCCACCAAGAUUGGGAGAGAGGCUAAAGGAACGCUGUACCGUCUGAUCCAGAGAGUGAGCAUGACCUACAGUAACCUGUCCAGCUUCACAAUCACGCCCAGCAAGAUGCACAAGUUUGAUACACUCUUUCAGAAAGAGACUGGGCGAGACAGAGCGAAGUCUCAGUCCUGGUUGAGCACUGGCUGGUUCACCAUGGUGAUCGCCAUAGAGAUGUGUGACAAUAUUAAAGUGUACGGGAUGGUUCCACCCAGUCACUGUGGAAGCAUGGCGAAGACUUUUGGGUCGAAACGUUGCACUGUAAAACAGCGAGGGGAGCAUUCGACAGUGUGCGGAAAAAAGCCCCAGCCCAAGAAGAUGCCCUACCACUACUACAAGCCCAGGGGCCCAGAAGAGUGUGUCACCUACCUGCAGAACGAGAAGGGCCGAAAGGGACCCCACCAUCGGUUCAUCACGGAGAAACAGGUGUUCGCACACUGGGCCAAGCAGUAUAAUAUCACCUUCACUCACCCCACAUGGUGAGAUGACUGGUUCCUCUCACAAGGUAUGCCCCCUUCUCUGAAAGGUAGUCAUUUCUCUUGGGAAGUACUGUAGCCCUGUGAUGACUUGAAGGAAAUACAUGGAGUAUUUAUUUCACAUAUGAAGCUGUGGGCUUGGUUUGUAACAAAUAAUAUAAAUUAGAAAUGUGUUUUAUUUUACAAAGCUAGCUACAAAAGUGUACAAUCUAAGUUUUACAGGAGUUAAUACUGUUUUUCUGUGUACAGUAGAAAAUGAAAUUCCAAUGAAAUUCCACACCACAUUCCACACACAAACUGUAACUCCUGGAAACCUUAGAUUUGUAUGCUUUUUUUUAUAGCUAGUUUGGUAAAAUAAAAAACACAUUUCUAAUUAUAGGGCAACUGAUGUUUAAUGUAAAUAUAAACAAACAAAAAAUAUUUUUACAUGUUUCUAAUGUUUGUUUUAAAAAAGUCCUCAAAAGCAAAUGUUAUAAUACAAUAUAAUAUCAACUUUCUCAUACUGAGGGGAGAUUGUAUUAUCCUAGACGUUAAAGGAAUUCAUUUCAGAGACAUAUGCUUAUAGACAGUAUGGCUCAAAUUAAGUGACAUGUUUGUUGCAUUACGUUAUCCAAUCCAACCUUGUGUGGCUUUCACUUAACACAGUAAAAAUACCAACAGAAAACUUUAAGCUUACAUUUAUAGCACUGUAGGUUGGCUCGUGCCAACCCAAUGGAAUCAUAACGUUCCUGUUGAAUGUAGGGGUGUGUGAGAUUAAGGCAUUCACACAACUGUGCUGUACUGGAUGCAGAGUUUGUUUUAUCCUGUCAAACCAUGACACAAACAUUGUCUCGUCAUCUUUGACCCUUUACCUCUGUGACAUCCUGAGGCAUGCAGCUGUUGGAGUCUGAACGAUCCAAAAGAAUGUAUUGCGUUAUUUAUUGUUAGCAUUGUGCUGAUUGACUUGUUAUUCUUCAUGAAUGUUCUGUAAUGUGUGUCUUGAGAACAAAUAACGUUUGAUAAAAGAUGCAUGUACAUGUUUAAAUUCGCAUGGAAUCCUAUACACAGGGGAUAGUAGAAACAUAAGACAAAAGGGUAACAGUGGAUAUAGAUGGAACACACCUACUGACCUGAUACAAAAGACAAGGAGUACCUCCAAGAACAUCUUAUGGUUCUUCACUUGUGCUGUGAUCUUCUAUCCUUGAAUAAAAAAUGCUGAUGGUA